AUGUAUUGUUGCAAUCAGACUCGGUAUGUCAUCCUGGCACUGUCGUUACUUGGCCUGACAUUGAUUUUCUCAAACAGUAUCGCUUUCAACUUUACGAUAAUCUGCAUGGAUGAUGUUCGAUCAGAAUACUACCAGAAAACAGCAAACACCAGCGAUGCAGCACCACAUUGGCUCGAAUCUAGUGCACGUAUCAACUCGCUAUUCUCAGCAAUUGCUAUUGGCUGUCUCAUCGGCACCAUUCCAGGACCGUUUCUCAUACAUCGAAUAGGCGUAUGGGGUACAAUGACAACCUACGGAGCACUGUCAACGUUUGCUACGUUGGCUUUUCCGUUUGCCGUACGCACAGGGUUCGUGGCAGUUUUUAUCAUGAGGGUUUUACAGGGCAUUGGAACAUCACUAUCCUCUCCACUGACUGGUCUCGUAGCUUCACAAUGGUCAACAACAAAAUCCGCUGGCACAUUUGUUGCUAUACUUUCAUGCCAUAUACAGUUUUGUUCUAUUUUCACGAUGCCCGUGGCGGGUGCACUCUGCGAGACGUCACUUGGAUGGCCUUCCGUAUUCUAUCUACAGGUAAUUACUGCCUAG